AUGUCAAGCUUCCACGCAAAUCUCAGCUCACAGACUGCAGAGUUCUUCAGGCACAGCAGUGAACCGAGUCAGAUAAAUCUCGCUGAGAAGAAUGUGACCUCCCAGGGUGCAGGGCAGGGUGACAACAGCAAGAGUUUGGAUGAGCCUACCACUCUGAGUUCGCAAGGCUACGAACCGACCGCUGAUGAGGUACAAAUCCUGUCUGACGUCUCCGAAUACUUAGUUCUGACUUUCCACCAAGGAUAG